AUGGAGGAUUGUGGCCUUGUGGAUUUGGAUUUCUAUGGUCCUAAAGUCACAUGGUCUAAUGGAAGGGGGGAAUGUUCUAUUGUAUGGAAAAGGUUAGAAAGGGGACUAGCCAAUGAUCACCGGUUGGAAGCCUUUCCUGCCGCCACAAUCUCUCAUUUAGCUUCAACAGGAUCUGAUCACAACCCCUACUCUUGGAACUUCAUACAAGACAAGACAGUGAUAAAAAGUACUUCAAAUCCCUCAACUAACAAAGAUGUUAGAGGCAAUGCUAUGUGGGUCUUUCACCAGAAAAGGAAAGCAUUAAGCCAUGCUCUAAGUCUUUGGUCUAGACAACAAUAUGGGGACAUCUUCCGAAAAGCUAAAGAAUUUGAACAAAAGGUGAAGGAUGCAAAGAUGAUAUGGGCUCAGACAAACAAUGAUACUGAUAGAGCAACUCUCAAUGAGCUUAAGGCUCAAUAUGUUAAACAUUUGAAGGUUGAGCAAGAAGUUCUGAAACAGAAAACACAACUAAAAUGA